UGGAAAACCAAAACACGAGGAGAAACUGAAACUGAAUGUAGAUAUUGACAAAAUUAUUUAAUUAUUAUGGACUUGUGUGAAAUAAUCUAGGUGGAGCAUCAUGGGAAUUGGAUUAUGUGAAGGACAGAGUAACAAUCAUGUAUAUAAUAUAAUGCUGUUAUGAUUUGUGGACAGCAGUCCAGAAAUUGAAAAAAAAAGUGUAAAGUGUGCCUAGUACUAGCCGAAUGCAGAGAAACAUGCAUGGUCAUCUCCGUGGUAAAGUUAUGUCUAAAUUGGGACGGUAUCUUUGCAAUAGUUGGUCAGUUCACAGAUGUGAUAGAACUUAAACUCCAUGAGAAAUUCUUCUGUGUGCAUAAUGUUAGAUGGUAGAAGGCCUUUUGGUAUGAUGCAGCCAUUUCUGAAGAAGUUCAAAAUAUACUUGCAUACUUGCAGUAAUUACCACUGCAGUCUGUGAAUAUGAUGCUGUCAGUGAUUCAGAACAAGCUGUUCUUUGAAGAAUCGAUUCUAGAGGGACCUUUAUACUGGACUUUGUGCUAAAUGAUUGACAGUUGACUGCCGGACAGUGAUUUGUAUAAUGAACUUUAAUGUAUACAGUGUCCGUCAAGAGAAUCAUGAUUUCCCGAAGGUUGCUGAAAUGGCUGUUCCUUUCUGAUGGAGGACCGAUGAUUGAUUAAGCUAUCACAUUGUUAACUCAAAAGAAAUCCAUAUAUACUGGAGCUGUACUAUUAUGAGCAAUAGUGCUCUAAAACAGGAUGGAAUGGUUAUAACUUAAACUGUUUGAUGAAAAUCUUGACAGAGAGGUUGAAAGAUCUAGUUACAAAUGCUUUCUCACCACACAUUGAAACAGAAACCAAUUUGAUGCUUAUAUAUGCAACUUUUAUCAAUCAGUUCUCAUACUGUCAGAUCAGGUUAAAGUCAAAUGUUUAUCAAUGAACCAAAACAUACAGGUUUAGAAAUAUUUAAAACAUGUCAAAAUGGCAGUUGAUAUCAAUCUGAAAAAGCAGCUGACAGUUUUAUAAAGAAGGUAAAGGUUAUAUUGUGACCUGAAAAGUUGGAGGAAAAGUCAGUAGUGAAAAAGAGAAACAAAUGGUAAAGAUGCUUUGGAAACUUCAAAUAUUGAAGAUGUCAGGUAAAUCUGAUACAGCUAUAUCAAAGAUGGUUAAAAUUACUGAAAAUGACAAUAGAGACAGACUCAAAACUUUCCAUUCAUGAAACGGAAGUUGGACAGAAAAGCUGCAUGUAUUGAAAAUGUCGGAGAUGAAUCGAUUGAAUGGACCAGGAUGCAACUAAACAGGAAAGUCAUACUUUACUGAGUAUUUAUGCAUUGGAAAGCUCAGAUGCUUUAGAAUUGUCCAUAUCUUGAACAGGUAUUUCUGAUCAAAGAUAAUGUGAGGAAAACAGUUGUAAAGCAAAUUGGAAAAGGGGUAUUCUGAAACAGGUCAAGGUUGAAAAUGUAAAUGAUGCUAGAACUGUUGUUCACCCAAAGAGGCAAACAGAGUUGGUAACAGAGAUACAGUUUGGACAUUGAAUUUGUAAUAAGGUUGAACUUCUUAUAUCACAGUGGUAAAGUAAGAAUAACCUGACGAAUUGCAGAUAAAGGUUCUGACUCGGAGGAAAUGGUGGUGAAGCAAACACAGAAAUCUAUGAGAAAGAUACGUACAAAUAAAAGCAUUUGGUAUGCUGGCUUUAAUGUUGAUAAGAGAAAGAAAGGAUGUCUUGCCUGUAACUACCAAGAAACAGAAAAUGUGAAGAAAACUAGGAUCUUAGUCAUAAACACAAAAGCUAAGGCUAAUAAAACGAAAUUAGAUCUAGGACGAAAGUUGUGCUUUCUAAAAAGUAGGCUUAAAUAGAUUGGUCAAAACUGAUGUGCCAAAGAAGGUGGAAUCUAUGUAGUAAAGGAUAAUCUUCACUAUUAGUUAACAAAGGUGUCAAAAUAGGUUUCAAGUGGAAAUGGAUGGAACUUCAGAAUCUGUAUUCGUCAGGAGAAACAUUCGGCAGGAGGGACCUCUGAUUUUGACAUUUUGCCAUGCUGCGAAUUUUAACAGAAUAACUUUAUGUAGUAUAGAACAUUGAAGAAAAAGUUGUGUAAUGAAAAAUAUAGCAGGGGACACACCAUCGAUAUUCUCUAACCUUUAACAAGUGAUACAUACACUAAAAGAAAAUCUGAGAAUGGCACAGAGUGAAAUUCUAAGUCUGAACCAAAAAUGCGAGCAGGCGAAGGGUGAAGUUGUGAAGCUGAAACAAAAAAGCGAACAGGCUGAAGCUUUUAUCAAAUGUUCUAUCAAUAAGCUUAUACCAAUUUCAAAUGAGCGAGAAGUACUGCUAAACAAGUUCACGCAAAUGGAAAUAGGCAUCACUGCUGCCAGACAGCAACAAGAGGCAUUGCUGCGUGAAAUAGCAGCCAAGUUGGAUUCGUCUAUUCAGCAGCAAGAGGCAGUGCUGUACAAACUGGCAAGCAGCACGCAAACCCCCCAGCAGCUGGAUAAAGUUGUCAGCAUUGAAACUCAGCUGAUUUCUACCAUUACUGCUUUCCUACAGCAGAAACAAGAGCGGGAAAUACCUACUCCAGAGAAGACGUCUUCAAACAUAGAUGCUGCUACUGCUGUUGCUGCUGAUUAUCGGCUGCCAACAAGUACUAGUGAUAAAGAUUUACAGCCAUAUGUGAAACUGGAAAGAAUUUCAGGAGAGCAGUACGCCAGCAUUUAAGGUAAGAUUCCAAUGUCAUGUUAUUUCAAUAUAUUAAACAUUAAAUUACAAGGACAAUAUUGAGCAUUAGAUUACCUAGACAAUAUUGAGCAUAAAAUAUUGCAUUAGCUUUAAAGGCUAUGAGGUACAUACAUCUUGAUAAAUAUGUAAAACAUCUGAGAUAGUCAUUUCAAAAUGUCAUUUGCUGCAGCAGACAUAAAUAUACAUAUUUAUGAGGUAGUGUAUUAAACUAAUUCAACGCAGAAAAUACUUUAAACCAAAGACUUCAUACUAACAUUUUUUUAUUUAAUUUUUUUUUAUAUUGAGCAUCAAAUAACAGAAAAUUGCACACACUAUACAGUACCAAUAUCAAAAAAGAACUAAUCUAUAUAUAUCAACAGAAUACUACUAGCAUUUGAAGGUCUGUGUAUAAACAUUUAAUGACUCUUUUUCUUCA